UUUAAAUGAUGUAGUUGUAAUUAUUAAGUAAAAAUUUUUAUCAAACUGGAUGAAAUUCAGUGUAUAUAAUCAAAUUAAUUGGUGCAAUUAAUUAUUUUAUGCAUUUUAUACCUAGUUUUAAUUAACAAAAUGACUUCGAGGGCUCCUUUUAGUGAUAAAAUCCAGGAUUAUGAAAUAGGUAAGCUCCUGGGAAAAGGCGGUUUUGCCUCCGUUUAUAGGGCAAAAUAUUUAAAAACUGGAAUGAAUGUGGCCAUUAAAAUGAUUGACAAAAAUUUAAUGCGAGAAGCUGGUAUGAUCCGUAGAGUAAUAGAAGAAGUAACAAUUCAUUCACAAAUAAAGCACCCUUCAAUUCUUGAGCUGUACGUCUAUUUUGAGGAUGACAAUUAUGUGUACUUAGUUUUAGAGUUAUGUGAUAAUGGAGAACUACAACAAUAUGUUAAAAAGAAGGUUUUAUCAGAAAAUGAAGCCAGUAGUAUUAUGAGACAAGUUGUGGAGGGCAUAAAAUACUUACAUUGCUACAACAUUAUACAUAGAGAUAUCUCAUUAUCUAACUUACUUUUGAAUAGAGAUAUGCAAGUGAAAAUCUCAGAUUUUGGUUUAGCUACAAAACUUUCUAGACCAGAUGAAAAGCACAUGACAAUGUGUGGAACUCCAAAUUUUAUAUCUCCAGAAGUUGCAUCUAGAGGAUCACAUGGUUUAGAAGCUGAUGUGUGGGGAUUGGGAUGUAUCCUUUACACACUCCUUGUGGGUUCCCCUCCAUUUGACACACAUGGUGUCAAAAGUACAUUGACUCGAGUUGUGAUGGCUAAAUAUGAAUUACCUAGUUAUUUAUCACCAGAAGCCAAAGAUUUGAUUAAUUGUUUACUUCAAAAAAAUCCAAAAGAUAGGCUAAAACUUGAUCAAAUAUUGGACCAUCCCUUUAUAAAAGGGGGACAUAAGAUGUCAUCAAAUUUAACACACGAUAGUGGUAUACAUACGAUGUCAAGUCGACGAGACAGUGCAUUCAGUGAUUCACACUUGCCCCAUCAGUAUUCCUCAAACAAUAUGUUGCCCCAAAGGGCCAACAGUGAUUGCAUACCAACUGGCAUUUAUCCCAAUAACAGGCAUACCCAAAGCAUGGAACAGCUAAAUAGUAGGAUCAGGAGCUGCGAAAUCGUUCCGCAGCAUCACUAUUCCGCCACAUGCACGAACCUAUCAUGCCACAGACCUGAACAGGUGUCGGUAUUUUCCAAUUGUGGUUCGAAUUACGAACCGAUGCGGUCAAAUCAUUACUAUCACAAAGAUGCACCUCCCAGUAUUAAUCAGUGCAGCCAGAACUAUUAUCAUCCCGAUCCGGGGGGUGGGUCCAUAUCCGCCCUUAAUUGCAUUACAAAUCAGAAACAUUCCAAUUAUUCGGAUGUGCCUAACCCUUAUUAUACUCCACACAGUCACGAAAAUGAUAUACCUAAUAUCCAUAAUCAACUCAAUAAUUAUCAGAGAAUUCAGGACGUGCCAGCACCCGUACAAGAAAAACCGCGUCCGAGGCCAGUACAGCUUUGCUCCCUAAGGCUGCAACCGACUAAACAUCAAAACAAAAACGCAAUCGUAAGCAUACUCGAUGACGGCGAAGUAUGUGUUGAAUUCAUAAAGAAAAAGGGACAUCCCAAGAAAGAAAUCGUUUGCGAAGUAAUGAGGAUAUCACCAGAUGGUGAACGGAUCAUUCUCUACGAACCUGAGGGUCGUCAAACGCCCUCUCCAGGUUCCGAACCACCGCCUUUACCAUCACGGGGUGCUGAUCAAAUAUACAGUAUCGAAAAUCUGCCUGAGAAACAUUGGAAGAAGUACACCUACGCCUCGAAGUUUGUUGACGUAGUGAAAUCGAAAACGCCUAAAAUUACAUACUACAGUGACAAAGCGAAAUGUUUGCUGAUGGAGAACUUGACGGACUUCGAAGCAAAUUUCUAUGAAGGAGGAAAAGCGACGAACUCUACAACUGAGGGUAUAACCAUUACGGAUUCCAGUGGGAGGAAACGGAAUUUUCAUGUACGAGCUGACGGUUUAUCUGCAACCUUCGAACUUAUGUUCAGCCACAUGCAGGAAUGUCACAAUCAUUGCUUACUUUUAGAAUCAACAUUGUCUCAAUUGCCGGGAAGUAAUUUCCCUAUAAUUGUCGGUCGUAGACCAUCUAAUUUUGCUAACACAAGCACUGGUAAAGAAAAUCAAAGUCGUGCAAUUAUUCCUUCUUUUACAAUGUCGUUAACAAGUACCGCUGCGGGAACGUCUCGUAAUUCGACCAACAUAAAAAUAGAGGAAAGAGUUUCCGUACCUGGAGUCGGAAUAGCGUAUAAACUGCCAAAUGAUCUUGUUAAAGUAGAAUAUACAGAUGGAAGUAAUUUACAAUACGGAAAACACAAUAUUCAGUACCAGUAUCCAGAUGGACACAUUGUCAAUUAUUUAGAUAAUGAAAAUAUUCCUAAGCACAUCAUGGAUAAGUUUGUUUUAAUGCCUAUGGUACUGAAGCAUUUAAAAUUAGCCCCAAGAACUCAAAAAUAUCAUAAUAUAAGGUAAAAAAGGUUUUAAAAGCUUUUUAAACAAAUUUUAAAUAUUUUAUAUUAUAUAUUUAUACAAUUUUAA